AUGAAAUUUAAAAAGUAUCAGGAUCAGUGGUCACAGUCUCUUCAACAAGAAUUUGAAUUAAGACAAGCAAAAGGUUUGGUUGACAAGGAAACAAUUUUAUUGACAGUUGAAGAUCCUCAGUCUCAUGUUGGCAGUGGAGGUGCCACUAUCAAUGCAUUGCUUGCCAUUACAGAAUAUAUCAGUGCCUGUAAAGGAUAUACUGUGAUCAAUGCUGAUGUUCUGAAAGAUGCAUAUAUCCUUAUCCUCCAUAGUGGUCGGACAUACACAUACAGUUCCUGCCGACAUGCAUUCCUCCCAUUACCAGUCAAGUACUUUGAGUCUUACUAUGAUUCACUUGUGUGUUUGGUGGAUCUCACUUUAAACAUUGUAACAAGAAAAAUAGCAACUCCAUCUCCUCCAGGCAUAUGGGUAGCUAGUACUGACAUGAUGCUAUCUAUCCCAGAGCAUGCGGUUAUCAGAUGGCCAAGCACAAAAGCAGAUGUCUAUGUUGUUACUGUUCCUAGCAGUGAAAACUACUGUAAAGAACAUGGAGUUUUUAAAACUGAUCAACAGGGUUAUAUAGAAGAUAUAAAAUAUCAACCAGACAAUGCAAGUCUCUUAUCCUGCAUACAGCCAUCUGGAGAUUUUCUCAUUGUUUGUGGCAUAGUGUAUUUUAAUAAAAUAGUUGCUGAAAAACUGCUUUCAUUUCACGUCAAGCCUCCUCUUGAUAGUUGUACUUAUAUUGGCUUGGACAGUGGACAGAAAAUAAAAGAGUUGUCACUUUUCUUUGAUGUGCUACUCCCAAUGGCCACUGGUGUGACUGAAGAUGAUUUUAAUUCAAAAAAUUCAGAAACGCUCACAAAAGAAAUCAGGCAGAUUUUGUGGGAUGAACUUCAUGAUUUCAAAAUAUGUCCUUAUAUAAUUGAGGCAGGCCAAUACAAUUACUUGGCUACUUCUUCUACUGAAUUUCUCUCUCAGAUUAUUCACUGUCCACUUAAAAUGAAUGCAUCCAAGUCACUUGUCUGGAAUCCAAUUACACAUUCUUCAUUAGGUGACACUGUAGAUAUAGUAGAAAGCAGUGUGGUUAUUAAUAGCAUUCUUCAAGGUCAAGUGACAAUUGGACCUGGCUCUGUUGUGACCAAUUGUUAUAUGAACGGGCACAUCCAGGUUGGAAAGGAGUCCAUUUGUAGUGGACUUAAAAUGGAACUUAAUAAGAAGACAGUUAAGUUUGCUGACUCAAUUGUAAUCCAGGGAUUCAAUAUUCAUUUAAAAACUUUGCAAACUAGCAAAUAUGUGUUAACAAUCCAUGGGAUUCUGGAUCAACUUAUGGUUCCACUAACAAAUGAAGACACUACAUUUUGCAACCAGAAAUGGAAAAUAUUCCUCCAAAAUACUGGCAUCAGCGAACAAGAUCUUUGCUAUGCAAAUGAAAAACUUUCGCAGAAAACACUUAUGGACACUAAACUAUUUCCUGUUUUUCACCCAACUGAAAAUAUUAGCAUGAAAGAGAUGCUUUGGCUUCAGGGUCAACUAAAAGAUGAUACUGGAUACCUUUUGAAAAGAUGGAGAGAAUCAUGGCGGUUAUCAUUUCAGACUCCAGCCACUGCUGCUAGAACAUUGGCAAAUAUAGCUGAUUUAUUGGGCUGCAUGGCCAAGGGAAAAGGUGGUCUGCGUAGUGGACCUGCAGCCAACAUAGCUUGGAAUAAAGCAUUCAAUCUGCUUGAAGCAAAUCAAAUUUCUACAGGUGUGAAAGCUUUGGCAAAAGUAAGAAAUGACUGGCUACAUCGAGCAGACUUACUGAUUCGAGCAUCAAGACAUUAUGAAGGAGCUGCACAGAUUUUAAUUAGACAUGCUGUGAUGACUGGUAAAAAAUUUGUAGAGUUCCAAAGUUGUAUGUUACCAGAUUAUGAUCAUUGGAUCAAAGCUGAAUGUCCUGCUCGUUUGGAUUUGAGUGGAGGUUGGUCCGACACUCCUCCCAUAACUUAUGAGCAUGGUGGAGCUGUUACAGGUGUGUCUAUUACUGUCAAUGGAAAGAAACCAAUUGGAGCCAAAGUUAAAAGAAUUAAAAAUCCUGUGAUUGUUUUGGUAUCUGAAGUCAGUCAGUUGGUCAUUCAGAACUUGUUGGACAUGGAGGACUAUACUAAUCCAUACUCAUCAGGGGCAUUAGUCAAAGCAGCUUUUAUUUGUACUGAGACAAUCACUCUUUCUUCUUCUAUGUCAUUAAAAGAACAAUUAAUGUCCAAAUAUCAAGGAGGCUUCGAGGUUCAUACUUGGACUAACCUUCCUCAAGGAUCGGGAUUAGGCACCAGCAGUAUUUUGGCAGGGGCAGUAAUAGCAGCCAUUUGCACUGCUACAGGGAAAAAGGUUGACUCAAGAAGUCUUAUACAUUUGAUAAUUUAUCUGGAACAGCUUUUAACAACUGGUGGUGGUUGGCAAGACCAAGUAGCUGGACUUUUGGGCGGAGUAACAACAGGCAUGUCUGAGGCUAAAAUCCCUUUAUUCAUUGAUUUGAAACAACAUCCUGUGAGUUCUGCAAUAAUCAAAGAGUUUAAUAAACUUCUAAUUUUAAUUUACACUGGAAAGACAAGGUUGGCCCGGAACUUGCUUCAGAAUGUUGUUCGCGACUGGUAUGCCCGAAAACAAGAUAUUCUAAGUACUGUUGACCAACUGGAGAAAUUAGCUCAUUUCUGUUCUGAUGCUUUUCAAGAUGGUAAUCUACCACUGGUAGGACAAUGUGUGGACAGAUAUUGGGAACUAAAGAAAAAAAUGGCACCUGGCUGUGAACCUGCAGCUAUAAGAAACCUGAUGCAAAAUCUCCGGCCACACGUCUUUGGAAUGUCUUUAGCAGGUGCUGGUGGUGGUGGAUUCUUUUAUGCCAUUGCUAAAGAUUCUUCUCUCAAAAUUCAACUGAAUGAAAUAAUUUCCAAAAUCCCGGACUUGAAAGGUGCUGUCAUAUACAAUGCUACUGUGGAUACAGAAGGAAUGAAGCUGAUAUUUUGA